CAGAGAUGGGGUCCUGGGCGGCCCAUCGGGCCUUUCCCCGCUCCUUGUGGUCGGGCCAGCCUUGCCGGGCAGUGGCCCCCGCCGUGGCCACCAAGGCCAUGCCCUUCGAGGCCAUUCCCCGCAGCGGGACCAACGCCUGGGUCAACCUCUACCAGUUCUGGAGGACCAACAGCUUCCAGAACUUCCACCGCGUCAUGCAGAGGAACUUCCAGAACCUGGGGCCCAUUUACAGGGAGACGGUGGGCACCUACGACACGGUCAACGUCUUCCUGCCCCGAGAUGCCGCCCAGCUCUUCCAGUCGGAGGGCAUCUUCCCGAGACGCAUGGGCAUCGAUUCCUGGGCGGCACAUCGCGCCAUGAGGAACCACCAGCGGGGCAUCUUCCUCUUGAACGGGGAGAAGUGGCGCUCGGACCGGCUGGUCCUCAACAAGGAGGUGAUCAGUCCUCUGGGCACCCGCAAGUUCCUGCCCUUCCUCAACACCGUGGCCCAGGACUUUGUGGACUUCAUGCACCGGCAGGUCCGGAAGAAUGCCCGGCGCUCGCUGACCGUCGACCUCUACCAUGACCUCUUCCGCUUCGCCCUGGAAGCCAGUAGCUACGCCUUGUACGGGGAGCGCCUGGGCCUCUUGGAGGAGAACCCAAACCCGGAGUCGCAGAAGUUCAUUGUGGCCGUGGAGACCAUGCUGCAGACCACGCUACCCCUGCUCUUCCUCCCGCCGGGGGUCGUGCGCUGGGUCAGCCCCAAGCUGUGGCAGGACCACAUGGACGCCUGGGACGCCAUCUUUGCCCACGCGGACAAGUGCAUCCAGAACAUCUACCAGGAGUUCUGCCUGGGCCAGCCUCGUAAGUAUUCGGGGAUCAUGGCCGAACUGCUGCUGCAGGAGGAGAUGUCCCUCGACUCCAUCAAGGCCAACAUGACCGAGUUCACCGCCGGCGGCGUCGAUACGACGGCUGUCCCGCUGCUCUUCUCGCUCUUUGAACUGGCCCGCAACCCCCAGGUCCAGACGUCCAUCCGGGAGGAGAUCCAGGCAGCCGAGAAGCAAGGCUUCGGGGAGAUCUCCAAGGUCCUCAACAGCCUGCCGCUGCUCAAGGGAGCCAUCAAGGAGACACUCCGGCUGUACCCGGUGGGCAUCACCGUCCAGCGCUAUCUGACCCAAGACAUGGUGCUCCAGAAUUACUGCGUGCCUGCCGGGACCUUGUGCCAGGUGGGGCUGUAUGUCCUGGGCCGGAGCCCUGAGGUCUUCAGCCACCCGGAGCGCUACGACCCGACCCGCUGGCUGGGCAAGGAGGACAACCACUUCAAGGCCCUCUCCUUCGGCUUUGGGUCGCGCCAGUGCAUCGGCCGGAGACUGGCCGAGUCGGAGAUGAUGCUCUUCCUGAUGCACGUCCUGCGCAACUUCAAGAUCGACACGGUCUCCAAGGCGGACCUGAACACGGUCUACAGGUUCAUCCUGAUGCCGGAGAAGCCCCCACUGCUCACCUUCCGCCCCAUUGACUAAGCCCAUCUGACCUCUAUAUAAAGAUCUAAGAACACUGUGGAGUCUUGGGAUCUUAAAUCUGGAAGAGCUCUCCGAAGGUCAUCUAGUCCAGCCCCCCUAAUGCCACGCAAGCAUUCCCAACUCAAGCACUCCCAAAAGAUGCCUAUCUGAUUCAUAUUUAAAGAUCUAAGAACAAAGUGGAGUAUUGAGAUCUUAGAGUUGGAAGGGGUCUCCAAAGGCCAUCUAGUCCAGCCCCCUGAUGCCAUGCUGGCAUGCCUAACUCAAGCACUCCCAAAAGAUGCCCAUCUGACAUCCAUAUAAAGAUCUAAGAACAUUGUGGGGCCUUGCAAUUUUAGAGUUGGAAGGGGCCUCCAAAGACCAUCUAGUCCAGCCCUCUAAAUGCCAUGCAGGCACGCCCAACACAAACACUCCCAAAACAUGCCCAUCUGACCUCUAUAUAAAGAUCUAAGAACACUGUGGAGUCUUGGGACCUUAAAGCUAGAAGGGGCCUCCAAAGGCCAUCUAGUCCAGCCUCCUAAUGCCACGCAAGCAUACCCAACUCAAGCACUCCCAAAAGAUGCCCAUCUGAUUCAUAUUUAAAGAUCUAAGAACAAAGUGGAGUAUUGAGAUCUUAGAGUUGGAAGGGGUCUCCAAAGGCCAUCUAGUCCAGCCCCCUAAUGUCAUGCAGGCACACCCAACUCAAGCACUCCCAAAAGAUGCCCAUCUAAUCCCUAUUUAAAGAUCUAAGAACACUGUGGAGUCUUGGGAUCUUAGAGUUGGAAAGGAGUCCAAGGGCCAUCUAAUCCAGCUCUCUAGUGCCAUGCAGGCAUGCCCAACUCAAGCACUCUCAGAAGAUGCCCAUCUGAUCCCUAUUUAAAGAUCUAAGAACACUGUGGAGUCUUGGGAUCUUAAAUCUGGAAGGGCUCUCUGAAGGCCAUCUAGUCCAGCCCUCUAAAAAUGCCAUGCAGGCACGCCCAACGCAAACACUCCGAAAACAUUCCCAUCUGACCUCUAUAUAAAGAUCUAAGAACACUGUGGGGCCUUGCAGUCUUAAGAGUUGGAAGGGGCCUCCAAAGGCCAUCUAGUCCAGCCCUCGAAAUGCCAUGCAGGCACACCCAACUCAAGCACUCCCAAAAGAUGCCUAUUUCAUCCCUAUUUAAAAAUCUAAGACCAUGGUGGAGUCAUUGAAUUUUAAGUUGGAAGGGUCCUCCAAAGGCCAUCUAGUCCAGCCCCCUAAUGCCACGCAAGCAUACCCAACUCAAGCACUCCCAAAAGCUGCCCAUCUGCCCCCUGAUGCCAUGCAGGCAUGCCCAACUUAACCACUCCCAAAAGAUGCCCAUCUGAUCCCUAUUUAAAGAUCUAAGAACACCGUGGAGUGUGUUGUCGAAGGCUUUCACGGCCGGGAUCUUAGGGUUAUUGUGUGUUUUCUGGGCUGUGUGGCCAUGUCCCAGAAGCAUUGUCUCCUGAUGUUUUGCCCACAUCUAUGGCAGGCAUCCUCAGAGGUUGUGAAUGCUUCUGGAACAUGGCCAUACAGCCCGGAAAACACACAACACAGGGGAGUAUUGGGAUAUGAAAUCUGGAAGGGGUUUCCGAAGGCCAUCUAGUCCAGCCCCCUAAUGCCAUGCAGGCAUGCCCAAUUCAAGCACUCCCAAAAGAUGCCCAUCUGAUCCCCAUUUAAAGAUCUAAGAACACUGUGGAGUCUUGGGAUCUUAGAGUUGAAAAGGGCCUCCAAAGGCCAUCUAGUCCAGCUCUCUAAAUGCAAUGCAGACAUAUUCAACUCAAGCACUCCCAAAAGGUGCCUAUUUGACCUGCAUAUAAAGAUCUAAGAAUAUUAUGGAGUCUUGCAAUCUUAUAGUUGGAAGGGGCCUCCAAAGACCAUCUAGUCCAGCCCCCUAAUGCCAUGCAGGCACUCCUAACUCAAGCACUCCCAAAAGAUGUCCAUCCGAUCCCCAUUUAAAGAUCUAAGAACACUGUGGAGCCUUGGGCCUUUAAAGCUGAAAGGGGCUUCCAAAGGCCAUCUAGUCCAAGUCCCUUUCCUUGAAGAAAUACACAACUAACCCUGCACUCCCCCCCCCCACCCAAAAAAAGUAUUAUUAUUCUGUGCAGGAUCAUCUUGCAAAAUGGUGGGGUUAAAUGGGGGACCUUGCAGUCCUUUCUCCCGCAAGCUCUGGGACUGGUGUUGCAUCCACACUGUAGUGCAAUCAAGGAGUUGAAGUGGCUGCUGCAGAAGAUCUCUCAUUGGCAUGUUUUUUAUUUCGGUUCCCUGGCAGAUUGGGGAAUAAUAAUAAACCAUUUAUAAAUGA